ACUACUUUUUAUAUGAAGAAGAAGAAUUUGAUACAAAACGUCAACAUAUAUUGUUGUGGGCAAUAUUUUAUCUAUGGACGGCAAAGAUCCGUUAUUAGUUGUUACCGUCCUCCAAGAAAAGGCAGCAUCAAAGAAUACCAGCACAAAUUCUUUGGACACCGAUUCUAAAUCAAGUUCAACUGGCUCCAAACAUGAUGCUGAAUUAAGUUCGUCUAGAGACACACCCUUUCCAUAUUUGGAUGGAGAAGAAGAUCAAGAUCAGAAAAACGAUGUGACAUAUGUUUGUCCCUAUCGGGGGCCGACUUACGGAGCGUUAACGAUAACUAAUUAUCGGUUAUAUUUCCGUUCUUUGCCUUUACGUGACCAUGAGCCGCCGCCUGUCAUAUUAGACGUGCCUUUGGGCGUUAUAGCAAGAGUGGAGAAGAUUGGUGGAGCCACAUCGAGAGGAGAAAAUUCAUAUGGCAUAGAGAUAUUCUGUAAAGAUAUGAGAAAUUUGCGAUUUGCACACAAGCAACAAAAUCAUUCUAGACGUACAGUUUUUGAAAAAUUGCAAUCGUAUGCAUUCCCAUUAUCAUAUAGCGGCAGGUUGUUUGCUUUUGCUCAUGCAGCAACUAGUACGCAAGUAGGAGAGAAUGGCUGGGCGGUGUAUGAGCCUUUGGCAGAAUUGAGACGCUUGGGUGUUCCAAAUGAUAUGUGGCGUGCAACUAAAAUUAAUGAGAAUUAUGCAGUUUGCGAUAGCUAUCCAGCAGUUUGGGCCGUGCCAAAAGUGGCAUCUGACGAUUUUUUAAGACGUGUCGCCUUGUUUCGUUCUAGAUGUCGGUUACCGGUUUUGUCUUGGAUUCAUCAAAAGUCCCAAGCAGCAAUAACAAGAUGUUCACAACCUUUGGUAGGGGUAGGAGGCAAGCGCAGCGCGGAUGAUGAGUUAUUUCUAAAUUAUAUUAUGGAAGCUAAUGCUCAAUCCGACAAAUUAGCAAUUAUGGACGCUAGGCCGAGCGCUAAUGCUAUAGCUAAUAAAGCUAAAGGUGGAGGGUACGAAUCCGAAGAAGCUUAUAAAAGUGUUGAAAUACACUUUUUGGAUAUACAUAAUAUACAUGUAAUGAGAGAGAGUUUGCGUAAAGUCAAAGAGGUUUGUUAUCCCACAAUCGACGAUUCCAAAUGGCUGUCUUCGAUUGAUAAUAGCCUAUGGUUGAAGCACAUUAAAUGUAUAGUAGCGGGGGCGGUGCGUAUAGUGGACAAAGUUGAAACGAUGAGUACAUCAGUUGUGGUGCACUGUUCUGAUGGCUGGGAUCGUACCGCUCAGCUUACAGCCCUGGCAAUGCUACUCCUAGAUCCUUAUUACCGCACUUUCCGAGGGUUUGAAGUACUUAUCGAGAAAGAAUGGUCUUCGUUUGGUCAUAAAUUUCAACAGCGCAUUGGUCAUGGUGAUAAUCGUCACUCAGAUGCCGAUCGGUCUCCAGUAUUUUUACAGUUUAUUGAUUGUGUAUGGCAAGUUAGUCAGCAAUUUCCCAAUGCUUUCGAAUUUAACGAACAUUUACUCAUAACAAUUAUUGAUCAUUUGUAUUCGUGUCGCUUUGGAACCUUUCUUUGCAAUACAGAAUCGGAACGCAUGGCAGAAGACAUGAAACAUAAAACAAUUUCCUUAUGGACUUUCAUCAAUAGCUCGAUGGAUCAAUAUCUUAAUCCUUUAUAUCCCACGUUUACUCAAGGUGCCCAAACUUCGACUGUUCUUCGACCUAUUGCCAGCAUGCGGAUUAUCAAGUUAUGGAAAGGCCUAUAUUGUCGUUGGAAUCCAAGCAUGCGCCCACAGAAUAAAAUUUAUAACAGAACUCGCGAAUUGUUAGUUUUACAGGAACAACUCGUCAAACAAGUUAGCGAGAAACGUAUAAAAGCUAAUAUACGCCAGGCUUAAAAAAUAAACCUUAAGCUCAAGAAAACUAAAAAUUUAUGUUGAAUAAACAACAAAAAUGUGUGAAUUCGUUAAAUCAAGAAUGCAAACCACUUUAAAUGAUAGUCAGAACAUUUUGAAACAUGGGACAUACCGUUUAUACAUAAGUGUGAAACUAUACUAUAUAUAUAUAUGCAUAUAUAUAUUCAUAUAAAAAUAUAAAUUAAAAUGACGUUCAGUGUACUUGGAAGCUUUCAAUGCAUCUUCAAAUGCAUUAAUUUGCCAGCACGCAUUCCGCUUAGGCGCGCAUGGUGAGUAUAGCAAAUUUGAAGUAGCGUCAUAGAGCAUUGGCAAACGAAAUAAAUGCCAGUAGACGUACCCUUUUGUUUUGUUUAGAAUGGGGAGAGCGCAAAGUUGUUUUCAAUAACUGCCAAUAUCCCAUGAUAAAAUAUAUCCCGCGAAUAUGAUAGAAAUAUGCUGCGACCACGAUGAGAAAUUACCUCGGCCAUAAAAAUAUCCCCGACCCAUGAUGGAAAUGCGUUGACAUGUCCUGGACACCCCGAGGACAAGGAAUACCGCCCACCGAACCUUCCUUAAAUAUAUUUUGGUCUUAAGGAUCGAGCGCCGAUAAGAAACCAACUAGAACCAGAUAGAGAUAGAGAUUUAUCAUUUUCAACAGAGAGUUGAUUUUGUCGUUUUUAACGGACAUUUUCAAUUUGUCUAAUAUGAAUAUAUAAAUUCGUUCAAUCUGGUCUUCCUCUUCUACAUUUCAUGACACAGGUUUAACGUGUUAACGAUUGUUGAUGAUUGUUACCAUAAUUAUUAAUAACAAAUAUUAAUCUAACAAAGUAAGAAGAGGAUAACAUUUGAUAAACUAUUUAUCAGUACAAGAUUUUAAAAUUAUUAGAAAACUAUCAAAGGCAAAUGAUAAGACUAAACUACAAUGUGAGUUGUGCUUUGCCUUUCCAGCAUCUGCCCUAAUAU